AUGUUACUGUCAAACGAUUUUCUGACGGAUAUUUCAAUAAAAUCUUUUAUUGCACAAACAAUGACAACAACACAAACAAGGGAUCAGCAGUUGCUGUCAAAGAAGUUGUGGUAAAGUUGUCUCUUGAAGAAGAAUUUUUCUUAUAUAAUCCGUUGAUAUCAAGAGUCUGUUCAUUGGUUGCAUCGUUGGCUGGUUUGGGACCUAAAGUUUUCGGCAUCUUUUCCAAUGGACUAAUAUGUGAUUAUAUUGAGAGUCGGCCAUACAAUCAUUUAGAUGAUAGUAAUCCGGAAAUGGUUUGUCUAUUGGCCGAAAAGUUGGCUCAGUUUCAUCAAAUACGGGCACCGAUACCAUCGGAUGGAUCGGCUAAAUGGUUGGACAUUCAGAUCAAUGAUUAUUUUCGCGAUGGAUCGUUGUUUGAUUCGAUAAAAACCGACCGGUUUCGGGAUCUAAUUAGACAAUCAACGGGACAAUAUCUGUCACUCAGUCAGGUAGACAUUAGUGAUGAGUUGAUUUGGCUCAGGGAUGCUGUACUGGGAUCACCUAAGAUACUAGUUUUCAGUCACUGUGAUUUCAAUCGGGGAAAUAUAUUAAUCAGAGAAUCAAUUGAUACAUCAAUUGAUAUGUAUUUUAUUGAUUUUGAUUUUUGUUCGUAUAACUAUCGGGGUAUAGAUUUUGGCCGUUAUUUUUCCAGUUGGAAACAUCGGGACCCGAAAUUUGGUUGUGACCCCCGGUUUCCCAGUGAUGAGGAAAUGUAUCCAUUUAUUGAUAAGUAUAUUCAAGUAGCGGAUCGAUUGACUGGCAAUACAGUCUAA